ACAGUCCAAACAGGCUGACGGCAGCCUCUCUGGAAGCUGUUGUAAGGCUCUGUAAGUCUCUUCUACCUUUGUGGCUGCAACAACAUGAACCUGAAAACUGUCCUUGUCCUCUUGGUUCUGGCGCUAGCCACAAUUUUCGCUCUGGUUUGUGUGUUGCUGACUAGAGGAGUGAAACCAACCAGCUGUGAGCCGCAGACCCUGAGCACCCUGCAGGGAAAGUACGGUGACCAGAGCCUGGUCUUUGCUGAUCUGACGCCAGAAGAAAUGGUGCAAGUGGUGACGUAUCUUCAGGAAAACCUUGGGGUGCCACUGGUAGAUGCCUCUCAAGCAAACCCUUCUGAUAACUGCAUUUAUUACAUCGAUGUGCAGCUCCCCACCAAGGCAGAGGUGCUGGGGUUCUUGGAUCAUGGGGACAGGCAACCCCCCCGGCAGGCGCUGGCUGUGGUGUAUUUUGGAAACCAACCAGACCCGAAUGUCACGGAGUACGUGGUGGGUCCCCUGCCAAAGCCGACGACUCACAGGGAUCUCACAGUGCAGAAGUAUGGAGGGAAGCUGCCGUACCACCGCAGACCAGUGACUGAGAAGGAAUACAAAGCUAUUGACCACUUUGUCUACCAGGAGUUCUCCAAAGCACCAAGCUUGCUUAGAGAGUGCUGUGAUUAUGAUGGGACCAAUUUUGCCACCCUCACCACGGUUCCUCGGGGGUUCCAGUCAGGAGAUCGUGCCACCUGGUUUGUUCUGUUCCAGAAUGUGAAUGGCAGUGGCUACUAUCUGCACCCAGUGGGGCUGGAGGUGCUGGUUAAUCACAGCAGCCUGGACAUCUCCCAGUGGAGGAUAGGCCAAGUGUUCUAUAAUGGCCAGUACUAUCAAGACAUGGAGCAGCUGGAGAGCGAGUUCACAGAAGGCCACAUGAAAAGUGUAAAAGUUAAGAAAGUCCGACCUGAUGAGGAAUUUGGUUCCAUGAGGCCCAGAGUAGUCCCCAUGGCACCAGGCCCUUUGCAAUAUGAGCCUCGUGGGCCCCGCUACAGCAUCCAAAACAAUCAAGUCAUCUUCCAGUCCUGGAGUUUCGCCUUUGGGAUGGAUGUGAAUACAGGACCACGUCUCUUUGACAUCAAGUUCAAAGGAGAGAGGAUUGUCUAUGAGCUGAGUCUCCAAGAAGCCCUUGCUGUCUAUGGCUCUAAUUGUCCUGGAGGGAUGGUGACCAGAUACAUGGAUGGGAGCUUUGGCAUCGGCAGGUUUGCUUGUGAGCUGGUCAGAGGUGUUGAUUGCCCCUACACAGCCACCUAUGUGGAUAGACACUAUCUAGUUGAAUCAGAGACCCCUAAAGUUAAUAAAAACUCCUUAUGUAUUUUCGAGCAGGAUGCUUCAGUCCCGCUGAGGCGCCAUUACUCCAACUUGCAGUCCCUGUACUAUGGGGGUCUGGCUAAAUACGCUCUUGUUCUUAGAGCCAUUUCAACUCUCAUAAACUAUGACUACGUUUGGGACUUCAUAUUCUACCAGAAUGGAGCUAUUGAAGUAAAAAUCCACGCCACCGGAUAUAUCAGCUCCUCCUUUUACUAUGGCACAGGCACUGACCAUGGCAGUCAGGUUGGGGAACACACCCUGGGGACAAUACACAACCAUCUCAUCAGUUAUAAAGUGGACUUGGAUGUUGGAGGAACCAAGAAUUCUCUGGUGGCUCAUGACAUGACAUUCGAUACCAUGCAGGCUCCUUGGAGUCCAGAGCACCAGAUACAGAGGCCACGGCUCACCAAGACAGUCCUGGACACAGAGGACAAGGCCGUGUUCCCACUUCACUCCAAGAUCCCCAGAUACAUCCACUUUGCCACCAACCAUAAAAAUAAGUGGGGUAACCAGCGUGGCUACAGGAUCCAGAUAGUCAGCUUUGCUGGUGACCCUCUGCCAGAAGCCAGUUCCAUGGAGCGGUCCAUCAGCUGGGGGAGAUACAAACUGGCUGUCACCAAACGGAAAGAGAAGGAGCCAACCAGCACCAGCAUCUACAACCAGAACGACCCCUGGACGCCCACUGUGGCCUUCGCUGACUUCAUAGACAAUGAGACCAUCGUAAACGAGGACCUGGUUGCCUGGAUUUCUGUUGGUUUCCUGCAUGUCCCGCACACGGAGGAUAUUCCUAACACGGUGACUGUGGGGAACGGGGUCGGCUUUUUCCUGAGACCCUACAACUAUUUCGAUGAAGACCCCUCUGUUCACUCACCUGACGGCAUCUAUUUCAGAAGUGACCAGGACCCCAGCAAGUGUGAAGUUAACCAUGUUGCCUGCCUGUCAAAGACUGCCUCGUGCUCACCAGCCCUCCCCUCAUUCACCUACAACGGCUUCCAGAACCAGACAGGUCCCUGAGCCGCUGACUGCAGGGCCUUGCCAGUGUGCUGGUGAUCUACUGUUCCUUGGGCUAUGUGCUCAGGCUUCCAUCGGAAGCAGCAGUCACCUCUGGCUCACUCACACCCAUAGAUCUGUAGAUGGUUUAUAUGUAGUUGAAUAGUCAAACUGCUUACAAAAACGUCAGUGAAAGAGGAUGCUCUCUCUCUCUGAUCAAACAUAAUUGCCUUACUCUGCUGCUGGACUGACAUCAAUAAAAAUGCACAAGUCCUAGACAAAGCACUGAGAACAGACAAGGAGAAAUCUUGCACUACCCAGAGCUAGACCAGAUGAGACCCCUGCAGCAUGUCUUAUUUAGCUUCACUUUUUUUCUGUGAUUCCCUGUUCACUGUGUACAUUUAGGGCUGGAUUUUCAAAGGAGCUCAGCUCCCAUUUAGGCACUUAAAUAGACCAGUCAGAAGUUUCCUAGGUGGGAGCUGAAUUCCUCUGACAAUCUGGCCCUUCAAGUGGAGUUCUGCAAAGUGAUUCUAUCUAGAUGGCAGCGUGGGAUUUCUCAGCAUGCAGGUGACUGAGGCUGCUGCAUAUCCUGUAUAAUGCAGCCCACAGAAUUGUGCAGGGCAGCACGUGGCUGGCCUCAUCCCUAAGGCCACAGGGAUUGAGAUGGAGCGUUGCAUGCUGGAAUCUCUUGCACCUCUGUAUUAAAGAGGAGAGGUGGCUGCAGUCUACUCCAUUGAAUGCCAAGUAGGUGAAGCAGUCAGGUUCCUGACAUGUUGCCAACAGGGCCCUCAAUUGGGCAAAGUUUGAAAUACCUCAUGUCUAAUUAAAGUUUUCCCAGGUCCCUUUUGAUUCUACAGAUACCUAGUGACCCGCUGCAGAGCUGCAGUUUAUCUAAGAGUGUAUAUAAGAAAGUUAGACACAGAAGCUGUGCAAACUCACUAGACAUGGUCUGACAUAGCCGCAAGCAAAACAUUCACUUGUAAGCAUCUGUCAUCUUCUCACAGGCCUACCACGGAGCUCAGGGUGGAUGUGCAUUCAAGACCAAUUUUUAUUUCCUGUAACAUUUCUAUAUUGCUACAAGCUCUGUAUCUUCAUUGGCUUAGAUGUAUGUCAAAAUAUUACAGAUGUCAGUACAUUCACCUAUAUUCAAUAGUUAGACAUAUGUCCACAUUACAAAACACAGGAAAAGAUAUGCUAUUAAUACUGAACCUAACAAAAGGUCAGUUACAGCAGUGUCCUUCAGAAAAGGUUUUAAAAAGUGCUAAUGGCUUUAGAAAUGUCCUGCUUUUGUCUCCCAUUUUGUGGUGUUGUAAGGCACUGGCUCUCACUGGCUCUCACUGGCUUUCCAGACUACUGUACCCCAUUCAGGAGUCUGAUUUGUCCUAUGUACCCUAAGUUUCACCUCAUUUAAAAACUACCUGCUUACAAAAUCAGACAUAAAAAUACAAAAGUGUCACAGCGCACAAUUACUGAAAAAUGGCUGACUUUAUCAUUUUUACCCUAUAAUUAUAAAACAGAUCAACUGAAAUUAAAAUAUUGUACUUAGACAUUUCAGUGUAUAGUAUACAGAGCAGUAUAAACAAGUCAUGGGCUGAUGAAAUUUGAGUUUGUACUGACUUUGCUAGUGCUCGUUAUGUAGCCUGUUGUAAAAUUAGGCAAAUCUCUAGAUGAGUUGAUGUGCCCCCUGGAAGACCUGUGCGUAUCCCCAGGAGUGCGUGUACCCCUGGCUGAGAACCACUGCUGUAAGGGAGCAAAGGCACCUUCGGGUGGAAGUGUGGUCCAGCGUGCCGGACGCUGGGUGGGAGGCAGAAGGUAUGGGUUCUGUUCCCAACUCUGCUUAUGACUCAGUGUGGGUAACCUGGGAGGUGUCACUUGACCUCCUGGUGCCAUGGUUUUCUCUGCUGUAAAAGGGGCAUGAAUCGAUAAUGCUGACCCUGUAUUGUAAAAUGUUUUGAGCUCAAUGGAUGAAGGUGAUGAGUGUUCCCACUGGAGGGAGGCAGGGCUGAAACAGACCCGGCAGGAUUUUUGCAGAGACCCAACAGGAGGGUGUAGGACAGCGAUGACUUACUGUGUCCUGGGAAAGGAAGGGGCAGGAGGGGGGAAUGCACCAGGCAGACUGUCAGAAAGCUCAGGCUAUGUUGCAGCAGACUGCAGAUGGCAGACGGAUGUUCAAGACGGGCCUCAAUGGCUGGUGCAGUUCGGGGACUGCCAGUUCCAUGGGGAGGUGUUAGGGCACUGGCUGGCAUGCUCAUUUGCAUGGAAUUGCCCAGAAUGCCCCUUGUUAUUUCACUGCCCAGCAAGUGGGAGACCAGCCUGGAUGGUUUGAGCGCUAGGCGGAUCCAUGCAAUAAGGGUUGAUAACAGUCCCUUAUUUUUUCAUCUUGGUACAACAAGAGUGGGAGUUGCUGAGUGCGUGAUGGUGAAUAGAGGUGAGUCCUGUUAAUAAUUAAUUAUAAUAAUAAUAUCAGAGGAGAGGAAGGGCAGGGGCGCUAAGAAAACAGUCCCUUGUUUUUAAAAUAUAAAGUUGGCAACCCUUUCUCCAGGCUUUUCGGGUUGGUUUUGCAUCUGUCUGCUAGCUGGUCAGGAGUCAUUUGCUGAGGGGUCUGGGGGAUUUGCAAUCUCUGUUGGGUCAAGGGAGCUGGUGCUCAGAAUGGCAUUCCUUGCCUAAUACGCUAGCACUCAAGUGCUUUUCAAACCCAGACCUGUGUAGGAUCCAUUUCCUAAAGAUGGGCUGGAACCAGAACCCCAGCUCCAAACACUCUCUGCGAAAGUUCGGAUUCAGGCCUAAACUUUACUCCCUGACUCCAACUCCUAACACAUGGGGAUUGCGCUGCCUGUUUGCUAUGAACAGGACGAGAUGAUCUGGGGGGCAGUGGGAAGAGGUGCUCCCUUAAAUUGUCCUUCAUUUCUCCUUCCCCAGGCCCUGGCCGUCAGUCCUGACUCUGGAGCCUGUCAGCGGUGCUGCAGAUCUGGCUGGUUGUGGGAGAUGGGGGCUCAGAGACACUGAUUGUCAUUACAAGUGCAUUGCAACACACUGGAAAGCUCAGAGGUGAAGGAAAGACCUGCCCUGGCCUGGCUUGCUGUGAGGUGGUUGCAAGAUUCUCUUUGCAGCAUUCAGCGCAGUGACAGGAAAUAAAUGCUAGGUUCUGCUCUUGGUCCUCAGAUCCCCUCUGUCUGCAAUGAGGAAGUUUCACUCCCUUAGGACACUGGUGGGCCGCUUAAUUGUCUCUCUAGCACAAACAGUCAGGGCAAGAGGGGUCAAAGGCUGAGCACCAGGGCCGAGCUCUCGGCAAAUCCCAGAGCAACGGUCCAGCGAGCUGGAACAUGCUCCCCAGCCACUUCCAGUAAGUAGGCCCAGGCAGAGUAGCUGGCUCGGGGCAGGCAGUGCUGCGGCCCGGGGGCUGGGGCGUAUUCCACGCUGGAGCAGGCUGCUGGGAGUUGUGCUGCAGGAUUGUGGAGUGGCCCCAGCCCCACUAAGCUGGGCACUGCACAAAGCAACAGGCCCCUGCGCUCCGGAGCUGAGGAGCGAAGUGCCCGCUAUUCCCUGUUGUUAUGAUGAUGGGUUUUCUCGCCAGGCUGGGGGGAGGAGGCCUUGGCGCAGGCCCAAGGAAGCGUGGUGCCUUCCCUUUAAUGAAGGGGACUCUCCGUGUUCCUCCGCCCGACUCUGCAGGGUUCUGGGGUCAGGGAGAGGGUUGGCCUGAGACCAGGUCAUCAGCCACCUUCGAAAUUCCCUUGCUCCGGCUGCUUCCUCCGGGCUCGAUUCGCUUGGGACAUCACAGCGAUCACCACAGUAGCCAGUCGUGCCGUCACUAUCAGAGGGGGAAGCAGCCAUGGUGCAAGACCGCUGAAGACGGCCCCACCGUCCAGGCGCAGGAGAACCUCGCAUGCGUGGGGGAGGAGACUCACAGCUGGCAGAGAAGUGGAGCUGGCUUAGCUCCCAGCAUGAAGAUGCCAUCUCUGCUCUCCUCCUUUCCCCCCUUCCCCGGCAGGCGGCAACCCAGCUGCUUCCGAGCUCUGUGGCGCAGGGCAAGAGCGCAGUGGAGCUGUCUGUGGCCCAGCGUGUGGGAGGCUCAGCUCCCCCUCCCUUGGAUUGCCUGUUGUUCCCUGAGGACUAUUUGUUCAAUAGUUGAUUGUGAUUUGUAAGGAGCCCGGUGGGUGGGUCGGAGGUACACAGAGCAAGGGGCA